UGCUUGUAGCCUACUGGUUUGUAAGUUAAACUAAAAUGAACAUGAGGUACUUGGUUCUAAUCCUAUGGAGGAUGUUUAUUUUUUAAUAUAAUGUGUGUAAAAUUAAAUUCCGGUUUCUGGUCUAACCGGCCGGAAUUUCCGGAUUUGACCGGCAUUGACCGGAUUUGACCACAGGUAAAUACCGGUACCGGUUGAACCCGGUUGAACCGGCCGGCAUGAGACCGGUUUGACAACCAUAGUGCAGAGCAAAGGGUUCCCCCAUUCCUUUUCCACGUUAUAAACUCGAUGCUAAUUAACUAGAAGAGGUUUUCGCCCUCCCAACAACGAAAUUACGUACAUAUAAUACCAACAUACACGUGCGACGGAUCUGAUAAAUCAAUCUUCGAUAGUUAGAAGAAUUUCCCAACAACUGAAUAACUAUACCCAACAUUCAGGCACGAUGGAUAAUCUUUUUCGUCAACUAGCUUUGUCUCCCAGUCCGCCGGCUCCAAAGUCUGAGCAGUUACGUACUGGUAACUAAUAACUAUCAUGAGACUGAUACUAAUCAAGAACUGGAGGCUAAUUAACUUGGCAAUAAGCAUAUCACGUUUUGUGUAUAAAUACGGUCUCACUUCAGUUCAGUUUCUUCAUUAUGCCUUCCACCAUUAACAUAUAUAUAUAGCUUUCGAUUUACAGUUUGCCUAGCUCCCUAGAUCGGAAGAAUGAUGACAGCCGCACGACACUCGAUGGCCGGCGUUCUCGUCGCAGUCGCAGUCUUCUGCCUGUUCUCCGGCCAUCCCUGCGCCGGGGAAACGGGCACUGCCACCUUCUAUACUCCUCCUUACAUACCGUCGGCGUGUUACGGGUACGUCGAGCAGAGCGAAUUCCUAGCCGCAGCAAGUGAGGACUUGCCGUGGAACGGCGGAGGUGCUUGCGGGAAGAAGUACAAGGUGACAUGCUUGAGCGGGACGAAUCUAGGCGUUGAUGUUCCGUGCAAGGAAGGCCGGAGCGUGACGGUGACGAUCGUCGACCUGUGCCCUGCCGGCUGCCGAGGCACCAUCGACUUGUCGGCGGCGUCUUUCGCCGAAAUUGCCGAUCCCGACGAAGGGAAAAUUAACAUCUCCUAUGAAGAGUACGCCACAUAUAUUGAUUGAUUAAUUAUCUCUGUUACUACUUUCAAUCUUUCAGAUAUCCUUGCACUCAUCAUAAUCACUCACUAACAAUAAUAUACGUUCCUUCGUUCAUUUCAGGGUCUAGAUUUAAAAGGACUCUUCGCUUUCCCAGGAGACUUUCGUCGUGAUGAUACCAUCCAUCACACUCUGAAUUCGAACUAAAUAAUCGCGUACUAUAUAAAAAUAAUUAUCCGGUGGUUAUGGCCGGAUUUAAAACUAAGUAUAGUCAAUAAUAAUUACCUGAAAAGGAUCAAGCAACGUAGAUGGGAAAAUGCAUGGAACAACUGGAAGAUACAUACGUCAUCAGUGGCUUGAGGUUAUGAUCGAUGAUGUACUUCACACAUUUAACUAGUAGCUAGCUGUGUUUCCUCUCUUUUUUAUUUCUUGGCUGCCUUUUCAUACAAGCGAUAUCGACCAACAACAAUGUUGCAAUUUCCACAAGUGUUAUUGUUUUGUUUUGUUAUCGAAAUUAAUAUUAAAUACACGAUAAUUAUUAAGAUCAGUCGAGUUAUAACUAGGGGUGUAAUCGUUUCGUUCCGGUUCGGACCAAACUCGGGAUAAUCGUGGUAUAUUUGGUGAAAUAUAUUUUAGGAUUAAGG